GCAGAAACUCCCUUGGGGCGGGACCAGCAUCAGACCUGCUAGGCAUAACUGGGCCAGGGUGGUGGCAGCUGAGGCCGGAGGAGAGCACCAUGAGCGGACAAGUUGGGGACCUGAGCCCACAGCAACAGGAGACACUGGCCAGGUUCCGGGAGAACCUCCAGGAUGUGCUGCCCAGCCUGCCCAAAGCUGAUGACUACUUCCUUCUGCGCUGGCUCCGAGCUCGGAACUUUGACCUUAAGAAAUCUGAAGACAUGCUCCGGAAGCAUGUGGAGUUCCGGAAUCAGCAGGGCCUAGACCACAUCCUCGCAUGGCAGCCGCCAGAGGUGAUCCAACUCUAUGACUCGGGUGGUCUGUGUGGCUAUGACUAUGAAGGCUGCCCCGUGUGGUUUGACAUCAUUGGGACAAUGGACCCCAAGGGGCUCCUGAUGUCUGCUUCCAAGCAGGACAUGAUCCGCAAGCGCAUCAAAGUCUGUGAGCUGCUUCAGCGUGAGUGUGAGCUACAGAGUCAAAAGUUGGGCAAGAAGGUUGAGAGGAUGGUGAUGGUGUUUGAUAUGGAAGGGCUGAGCCUGAGGCACCUGUGGAAGCCAGCUGUGGAGGUCUACCAGCAGUUUUUUGCCAUCUUGGAAGCAAAUUAUCCUGAGACAGUGAAAAAUUUAAUUGUUAUUCGAGCUCCCAGGCUUUUCCCAGUGGCCUUCAACCUGGUCAAGUCUUUCAUGGGGGAGGUGACGCAAAAGAAGAUAGUGAUUCUGGGAGAUAACUGGAAACAGGAGCUGCUCACGUUCAUGAGCCCUGACCAGCUGCCUGUGGAAUUUGGGGGGACCAUGACUGAUCCUGAUGGUAACCCCAAGUGCCUGACCAAGAUCAACCAUGGCGGCGAUGUGCCCAAGCGCUAUUACCUGUGCAGGCAGGAGAGGCUGCACUAUGAGCACACAGUGGCUGUGGGCCGAGGCUCCUCCCACCAGGUGGAGAACGAGAUCCUGUUCCCAGGCUGUGUGCUCAGGUGGCAGUUUGCAUCAGACGGUGGGGACAUUGGCUUUGGAAUUUUCCUAAAGACCAGGAUGGGGGAGCGGCAGAAGGCGGGGGAGAUGACUGAGGUGCUGCCCAGCCAGCGCUACAACGCCCACAUGGUGCCUGAGGACGGGAGCCUCACCUGCUCAAAGGCCGGAGUCUAUGUCCUGCGCUUCGACAACACCUAUAGCCUCCUGCAUGCCAAGAAAGUUGGCUACACUGCAGAGGUGCUGCUCCCAGACAAGGCCUGUGAGGAGAAGUUGCAGGGCCUCAGGGCAACGAACCCUUCUCAGGACAGCGAAGACUCUGGCCGCCUCUGACCCUGCUCCAUCCAGCUCCUUCACACACCACUGCCCCUCCCGAGGCCAGGCAGGGUGGUGCUGAAAGUGCUUCAGAGAUCUCCAGCCCCGUCUCUAUCUGAGCCUCCCAGGGGACCACUUAGACACAGACCAGCACUUUCAUUCCCUGUACCUAGAGAAUGAGGCUGAGGCUGACACCACACAUGCACUAGGAAAGGACCCUGUCCUUGUUCUUGUCCUCUUGAAGACACACACUCACCCAGGAUUCAGCCACGCUGGUAUCCCAGCUGGGAUCCAGUACCUGAAACAUAUGUCCUGUCCCCCACAGGAAGCACAGCUGCAGGGAUGGUUUCUCUCCAACCGGAGGUCAGCAAGGAUGGAAGGGCCAGCUGGAGGCAGCUGGAUAGCCUGUGGAGGAGGGGUGAGGCCCCAGCUCCAACACAGCAUCAAGGCCUCUCUAAAUUCUGCUGCCUUUGGGAGGCAGGAUGUGGCAAGGGACCAUCUGAGGAAAAGUCACACUCAGCUUGACAAGGUUGAGCAGGGUGUUGAGUCCAGUGAAGAAAUACACACACACACACACACACACACACACACACACACACACAACACACACACGUGCACAUGCAUCUCCCCGCCCCCAUGCACACCUGUUAGGAUCCUGCUAAUACUCAAGUUUGACUAUUUCCCAUUUCUUAAGGCAGUUGCCCCUGCCACGCCAUCUUCAAAUUCACCAUGUAGCCCAGGCUGGCCAUGCAUUCAUCUGCCUUCUUCAGUGUCCUGGGUGCUGGGAUCUGCACCACUAUGCCCAGCUGUCUUUAUUUCUGGCCUGAGUGGAGUUCAGAGCCAAAGCUAAGCUGCAGAGAGAUAACAGAAGUGGAGUGCAGGGUGAAUCAUCCUGGGGGUUCAUCCUGACUUCUAACAUGCUUCUUGAAGAACCUUCCAGCCUUCCACACAUCUGUGUGUCUCUAACGAGAGAGUUGAAAGGCAGCUGCCAAUGCCCCUUCCCCAGGCGCUAGCCAGUGACAGCUGCUGCAUGUAAUAUCUCAAAGACUGGCCAUACUGGAUUCUGCAGGUAGUCAGCCAGUCCACCAUUGCUCCAUCAGAGCAGAUGCUGCCAAGCUUGAGUCAGUGUGCCUCUUUGUACAGACUGGGAGGAGCCAUUACCCGGGGCCUAGGAGUCUGGGCUGUACUGCACUGCUUCUGCCUGGGUCUCUGGUUGGGACAGAAGACCUAUGUCACAUGUAGGGAGGCUCAGACGCUGUUUUUAGGAUCACUUGGUGGCCUUCUUUGUCCUACUAUGAUGCUGGCCAAAACCCAGGAAGUGAACAGUGAGAUGUUCCUGAAAAGGGAGUCCUUGUUUCAAAGUGCCAUCAUCCUAGAAACCUUAGCAGAUGCAACCAUCUAGGCACCAUCCGAACAAGAAGCCAGGUCCUGGCCCCUCUCCUGUUUUCAAACGCCAUCAUUUGAUUUUCUCUGCUUGCUAGAUGUCUUCAUUAUUAAAGAGAUGUUAGUGGAGGAAAUCAAGAAGUCUUGAAGAUGAGGGGACUCUUCAGGGUAACCCCCAGCCACUAUACCUGGACCAUUUACAGUCAAGGUUUAGAGUCUGAAUAGGGGAGAAAGGCCAAGAGGCAGUGCCAUAAGAAAUCCCUGCCUAAGCUUAAGCAGAUUGACAAGAAGGAAAGAAAUUCUAUGAUUUUGCUGGAUCCAAAGAGAGCCUGGAACUGUCAGGCAAGAGUCACAAGGCAUUUCCAAGUCCAGGACUGCUCCUGCACUGGCGAUACAGUCUCCCAGAGGCACUCCAGCUUCCUGGGGUCAUUUCCCCACAUCAUUUGGCAGACUGAGGUGGUUGUCACUAACAGUGAUUAGGACUGUCUUGAGUUCAUCCAUCUCACUUCAUGUCAUGAUGAGUACUCAGAGAGACUCAACGUGGCCUUAAAAUAAAAGGCUUCUGGACUUGAACCCUGACCCUUGUCCUAACCACCCACAUCCAGUCUUCCCUUUAGUACAGCCUCACUAGUAUUUCCUGGCUGGUAACGGAGGCAGACCUGCCCUGUGCACAAGGAGAGUUGAUGCUUCCAUCAGAGGACACAGGGUGGGCAGCAGGCACCAGAGGCUCCGGAUUCCAGAGCUGGCACAUGCCUCGUGGUUAAACAAUGAUCACAGAGGUCACCUGAGGAAGUGAGGCCGAACCUGCCUGGCAAGUGGACGGGGCAUUGAGAGCCCAGGAAGUCAUGUGUCCUCAGCGAACCCUCACUCUUGCAGGCAGGUCCAACUCUCUGAAAUUGCAACACAAUGCUGUCAUCUACAAAGCUCCUUAUUGAGAACCAUGCCAACUGAGUUACAAAACAACCCAAAAACCCACAGAACACGUCCACACAACAUUUCAUGCAAUUUCAGGGAUUCUGUGUUUAUCCAGAUUCAUAGAGACCCUGAACCUCAUGCAGCCUGUAGUUCCAACUUGGACACCCCUUAUAGAGUGUCAGUUUUGAUUUUGUGUGCACGUGUGUUUCUGGAGCUGUGUCAUGUCCUUGCACAUGCUAAACAAGCACUCUGCUUGUGAGCUGCAUCCCCAACCAAAAAAAAAAAAACCCUGAUUUCUUAAAAAAAAAAAGGUUUGUGCCUUCAUUUACUUAUUUACUCAUCAUUCUUUAGCAUUUGUUGAGCGUCUGUCCAGUGUCUGGCAUUGCAGGUCCUGGGGACAGUAAGGAUGCUCAGCUGAUCGAACUCCGCCCACUGGAAGCCUGUCCACACUGAGGGGGGCAGAAGUGACCUUGCUGAGCAGAAACCAAACGUGCAUGCUGUCUUCUGGUGUCUUGUGGUGGCAGGGACCAAAUUCGUGGGGGACGCCCAGGAAAGAGUGAGCUUUGCUGAAGUGACCACAGAAGGACUUGGGGUGGGAUAAUUACAUAGGGACGUACCUCUAGGGUGAGGAAUGGGAUAUGGGUGGCCACAAGGUGUUUGGGGCCAGAGGAGAGUCAGGAGAGUUAAAUGGUUGUCAAUAAAUCACACUUUGAUGUAAGUUA